AUGAGCACGAGGUAAGUCGUACUGAAGGAUUGAAAAAGUUGUGGGUUUUGCUUAAAAUGAUGCAAUAUGGAGACACACACCCCUUUUGUAAGCAGACUUUAUAUUGAGAGGACAUAUGCUCCGAUCUAUAAAUUGUUCGUUUUCGGAAAUAUGGCUCCACGUAUUUUUCAUUAAAUGGACGACUUAGCAUUUUCACAGUUAAAGUGACCAGAAUAAGCUGUUAAGUCAUCAUACUGUAGAAUCUGAAGUCAAAUUAAGUCUCAUAUAUGCACAUCUUGGUGUCAAAACGAUUAUUCUAGUAAAUAUAUCUUAGCUGAAUGCGUCCAUCGGACAUUCCCCGAAAAUAUUACGCUUUUUUAGUGAAAUUUUUAGAAUUUUCCCGGCGGGCUUACCGAUUUUCAUUCACAUUCAGUGAUUUUCACUUGUUGAGAUUCCGCUCACAUUCGAUAAUUCAGUAGUUUGAUUUUCGAGACUAGUUCAUCCGACUGAGUCAUUCGGCUAGGAUAUGUUCGCCCGAGUAUCCAGCUGCCUGCCUACAAAGCUCAUCAUUAGAGUUGUAUGACAAUCUCGCCCUCAUUCUAUAUAAUCUGAAUUGUAUCAAAUUUGCGAUGAUACCCAUGUAAGCACUGAUGAAGUCAAGUCCGGCGAGAAUACAUUUUCAAUUAUUCCUCGUCAGGCUUCUACAAUAAUAUAAGGGGGCUGAGGUAGCGUGGCAAGAUUAGUAACAGCCAAUGAGUGGUAAUUAUGGUGGCGAGGGUCGGGACGCUAAGACCUGUCAGAACCAGGGGUAAUUAUAGUUUAACUCUGUCUGUGGCAUAAGGGAAGAAAGGGAGGGAAUCUGCUAGCAAGUAAUGCUUACGUUUCAUCGCAGUAACACGACGUGGAAGGAGGCGGGCAGCGGGGACUUGAAGUGCCCCGCCAACACUUUAUAGAUGGUUAGCGUCUACCCCGUGGCCGAUUUCAAGUAGGUUGGCCACAAUUGCGCUAGUGAUAGACUUUUGCAUGCCUUGGUCUAGCCAGACAGAAUGACGCCCUCGCAGUCAUCUGGAUAGACGUCUUGCCAUUCUACUAGUAUCAUCUGCCUCCUAGAAACGAGCAAAGACGUGGAUGCACAUUGAAGAAGUCUGGAAGGGCAGCCUAUCUUUACCUUCAAGGCGGAGAUGCGGUAUGCUUGAGAAAUUUAAUCAUAUUUUGGCAACUGGGUACAUGCGCGCGAUAGCGGAGUUUAAGAAACCUUGGUAAAGUUCGCUGACAGGAUCCCCUCAAAACGGCAGUGUGGAACAGUUCCUUCUUUUUAACCGUUGGCAUGUCGAUUUUUGGCGGACGUUCUUCCAUAUAUCUCGUAAGAAACUUACCGGAGAAACCAUUUCCUCUCAGUAUUUUACAUAACAGCGAUUUCUUUGUCCAGCAUAUCCGGAGCGUAUAUCCUCCUAACUCGGUUGGUUAAGCAUCGGUCUAAGCUUUGUGUCUGAUUCAGAGGAACAAAACUGUAGAAAUUUGUAUAUUAACCUGUCCACAUUUUCCUGCGAUAUAUACUUCAAAACGUCCUUAUAAGUAAAACUUUUAGAAGCAAGGGCCACUUUUGCCCCUCUACUUGCAAAGUAAACGGUAAGGCUGGACGACAUUGAUCCACUUUGUCCAGGAGGGUGUCUAAAUAAAAAUUCCCAUUCGCCGUUGCAAAAAUGUCCUCAACACAGAAUACAUAGGACUCGCAGUCCUUUAUGGCUGAACAGAGCCAGUUCCUAUCUAGUUUUCCCAUGAAUAUAUUCGAUGGAAGGGGUUCAAGGGUUGAUCUCUUUGCCACUCUGUCGACCUGGCAGUAAAACUGGCCAUCGGAUCUGAACUAAACAUCUGGUAUGCAGCGAAAGAGCAGCUUCUUUUAGGCUUCAACAGAUAUGCCUAUUAUGAAUUCCUGUUUAAUAAGCUCAUAACAUAGAUGCUAUAUCUUCUCCGCGUGGGGGACAUUACUAAACAGAGGCGAGACAUUUAAGAAUACCAUCGGCUUUCCACUGAGAUUCGUAUUUCUUAUGGAACUGAUGAAUUUAAAUGUGUUAUUGAGACUGUGAAGUGCUAUUUAGGUCAGCCGCUUUAAAAUUGUGUGUAAGGUUAAUUCCAUAUUUCAAAUAAAAGCUGCAUAGAAAGGUCAGAUUUAUGAAUUGUAGGUAAAAAAUACAUUUUUGAGGGAGGCUUGUGUCAAUGGGCUUAGGAGAUAAGAAUUCUUGUUCACGAAGGAAAUCUUCGACUUUCAGUUUCUGAAAACAUGUUGAUCCUUAGCUCGCCUCCCUCUUCUAAACUUAGCCACAUUAGCCAGGAUUGCUUCCAUCUUGUAGGCAUUAACCCGUUUAUUCAUUAACACGUAAUCAAAACGGCUGUCUGGUUUGAUAACGAGUAUUCCCCUGUUCUGGCAUAAUUCCCUAGGCUUCUCAAGAUGAGCUAUCGUGAUAUGCCCGGUACCUGGGGGUUUCGUUCUAAGGUAUAUGAGGCAAUAAUUCACGAGCCGGAGCUUGAAUACUCAGCUUCCUCCGGCGUUGUGGGCACUAAGUCAUGCGUCUGGCUCAGUUUUUCAAAUUGAACUUCUGCAACCAAUCAGAAGUGUUUCAGCCAUUUUGCUCUCCCAGCCGUCGACAAUAUCCUGAAUUUAUUAGCGUAGACCUCGGCUGUGCUUAUAUACGCACAAAAAACAUUUUUUCGUAAUUUAAAAUGCCUCGGAAACGAGUUUUGUACUGAUUUGCGUACAGAUCUACUCUGGAGUCACCCUAUCAAUGAAAAAGAAGUUACCCGAACAAUGGGAACGAAUUCACAACAAAAUAAUUCACGCGCAAAUCACCGUUCCUGUGCCCACCCUGCUGUGGGGCGCACGGUGGCUAUCGUCAGCAACAACAAUCGAACUCUCGUACUGCCAAUGUGGUAGAUCAGGCAGGCGCAUGCGGCCCCCCCCCCGCGACUGUCUACGACCACCACCCAUGACCUGCUUUUCGCCGACGACUGCGCGCUCAACGCCACGACCGACGUGGGUAUGCAACGGAGCAUGGACCACCUCGCCGCCGGGUGCGCCAACUUCGAUCUGACUAUCAAGACGGACAAACGGUGGUCAUACAACAACCGUCACCCGACACGCAACACCGCACUCCUCCUCGAAUCACUGUCGACUGCAACCAACUCAAGACCGUGGACCAUUCUGCUUAUUUCGGGAACACAUUUUCCGGCAGUGUCAGAAUCGACGAUGAAGUGGCUCACCGGAUCUCCAAAGCCCGCGAAGCCUUCGGCUGGCUGCAGAACUCCGUGUGGAAUCGCCGCGACCUCCAACUGAAUACCAAACUGAAGAUGCACAAGACCGUCGUCCUGUCGACGCUUCUCUACGGAGCGGGGACCUGGACCGCCUACUCUAGCCGUGCCAAGAAGCCCAAAUUAUUUCCAUCUCAGCUGCCUUCGCAGAAUACAAAGCUGAGAUGGCAAGACAGGAUCCCCGUCACCGAAGUCCCAAACCGGACCGGCAUCCCUAGCGUUUACAUCAUGUUGAGGCGACAGCAACUACGUUAAAGUGAGGAUGGAAGACACACGAAUACCAAAAAACAUUUCCGUGGUAAUGUCGUCACCGAUGCUCGCCGACCAGGAGGACCAAGACAACGCUACAAGGACACAUUGAAGAAUUUCCUUGUGGGAUUGCGUAUCAAUCCGGAGACGUGGAAGGAUCUCGCCCAGAACAGACCGGCCUAGAGAAGAGAAGUGAAGACUGGAACAGCCAUCUACGAAGCAAACCGGAUCGUCGCCAGAGCCAAAUGGGGAGCUAGCAGAUCACAAGUGUCUCGCUUCCUCAAUGCCAACCAUCCGUCACUGUCAACGCACACUCCGCGCGCGAAUCGGUCUCACUGGACACCUUCAGACCCAAUUCACUAUCAAUCCGACAAUGUCUGCCCCCUCCCCUGCUCUCGUCCCCGCUGCAAACCCCGUAACGACCGUCAGCCCCAUCACCGCCGAUCACAGUGUCUCUGUCCCGUCGCCGCCACCAUCCGCCCGGCCCCAACCCCUGCAUCGCCAUCACCACGACUUCACGUAUUCACGAUGGGACGACGUGUGAUUUCCCAUCACAUUCUACUGUCACCACCAACACUCCCACCUCCAGCGAUAUGGACCCGGUUCAUACCUGCCCCCAUUACGAUCGUACACAAAUCGGCGUGUUCGGUCACUUGAGAAUCUCUCGCACAGAAGCUGGCGAAACAGUGCCUGGAACACCAACCUACACUCGCCUCAUCCGCCUCAACUGCCCCGCUGUCCCCGCACAUUCAGCCACCGCAUGGACUUAUUAGGUCACGUGCGCACUCAUGAAAAUCGGCGGUAGACAUCCGCUGACUAUACCACACUACCGCACUUUCCUCCACUGGCACCCGCACCUAUAAACACCAUCACCCAUCACAAGCACCCACUUGCCUUCCCCCAUGCAAGCGGGAAAUGUGGUACUCGACUCCUUCUCUAUGUUGCUCCUCUGCUGCAUGCGUGAUCCGAGUCUAAACUCAGUCCACGCAGUCAGCCCAGUCGUGUUUGUGUUUGUGUGCAAUGGCGGACUGGUGAGCUGGGAGCUAGGUUGCCACGGCUCCUUCUUAACGUAACCUCUGCCACUAUCACGCAUGCAAGGAGUAUGUUUGCACAUGGGUAAUGCUCCUCAGUCUGAUUGACUACCCUGCCUUUGAAGAGUGAUGGAUCAGGCAAAGUGCGCGUCUGCGUCUCACCUUUCCGGGCCUUAAGGAAUGCAGGUGUCUGCUAUGCCACGAUCAGCAGAUCAUGGCCCUCCCACCCUAUUGUGCUCUGUCAGUUCCGCAGUACCUGAUUCCCCGGCGGCAGAUUCGUCUGCGCUCCCGCCGGGUAUGCAGGUUGUGAGCAUGGUUGCCUAGUCCUCCUCCUCUUUCUGGCCCGUUGUUGGGCUUUUGUUGGUAAAAAUCCUGGUCGAGUGUUUGCUAUGAACCAGGGGGUGGGUGGUACGCCAAGGUGUGGGUCCGGCCGUGUCAGCCACCUGCGCCCUCUCUGGCCUCCAGCCUUCUUUCUAUGCCUUGACACCGGGCCCAGGUUGAGAUGAGCAGAGAGUUCGGUAGAUGCUAUGCAGGUCUACUACAACGUUAAACUAAUUCGCGCACAAGUCACCGUGCUUGCUCUUACCUUGCUGUGAACAGCGUCAGUCCACGCGACUGUCGAACUGUCAUGGUAGAUAGUCAACUGGGUACGGUACUCAAUAGAAAUAAGUAGCAAUUAUAUUUUAAAUUGGUUUUGGGGAAAUGGAACGGCCAGAGAACGAGUUUUCCUCAAUGCAUCCGAGGACGCUAUAAAGAAAUGAACAGAGUCAGGUAGUUCUUAUUUACUUCAGAAAAACUUCCUAGGUUCGUUAUUGAGAAUAUCCUUCUUCGCAAAUAUGAGCAGUUGAAAAGUCGCGUGGGGAUGUGGUUCACAGAUCUAAAGUGAUGACAGGACUUACCACCAGUCAAAUCUCAAGUAUUCCGGCAUGUUGAUCUACGCUUGGCUACUUGACGACGGUAGUUAGACGAAAAUUAUCACACACACUGUCUCUCUUCUAUAUUAGUGAUAUUUUUCAGGAGUUAAAAACUCUCUAGGCUGUAAUAGAGGGGCGCUCGCUGAUCAUGAUACAGAAUUUUCUCGUCCCGUUGGGCCUUGGGGCUCUCUAUCGAGCCCAACCAUCAGUCGCACAGCGGAGCGUAAUAUAGACGGAGAAAAACUACUGGCAAAGACAAGGGAGACUGGAAUGACCAUUUCUGGCCUAUUAAUCGUCAUAAGCCAGCCAUACCAGCCAAAACGGCCAUUCCAGUCUCUCUUGUCUUUGCCGGUAGUGUUUUCCGUCUAUAUUACGCUCCGCUGUGAGGCUCCUGGUUGUGCUCGAGAGAGAGAGCCCUCGCGCACAACGGGACGAAUGAGUUUCGUGGCAUACUCCGUGAGCCCCGCUCUACUAUUGUAUAUUCUCGAUCACAACCGACAAGGCAACGCGUCCAUGGCUCAAUGGUUAGGGACGUUUGACUUCCAACCAACAGAUCACGGAUCGAGCCCCAGGUGUUCCACACCUCGCGGUUGGGUACGACUAGCUAACUUCAGUUAGUAACAGGCCAGAAAUAGACAUUCCAGUCUACCUUGCCUUUUGCGGCUAUGUUAUUCAGCCCUCGAGGCGUUAACAAGGAGGCCUAACGGUAACGCUACAGGCCAGGAGGGGGUGGAUCACUAUCGUCCAAGGGAAAAAAGUGUAGUACUCAAAUGUGCCUACAAUUACUAAACUUUGCCUGUUUUAACUCUUUCCAACCGUUAGAGAAACUUAAUGCGUAUGCUGCUACCUGCUACUUCCUAUCUUCUAGUGUUUGUCCUUGAUGCUAGCCACUUGUUAAAAACAUUCUUAUGUUCUCAUUAACAACAUGCGCUCAAUUAUUAGGAGCAUGGUCCAACCGUUUGCAGACUCAGCAUAUACUAGGAUUCCAACCUGACCUCAGGUGACGGGCCGGGCGGUAAAGGAAGGGUAGAUACGCAGUAGCAUCAACAUAAGCCUACUGCAAACUGUUGUAACUCCGAUGGCGCGCGGACAUUUAUCGAGAAAUCGCAGCAUUUAAAUCUCCAAAGGCAAAUCGAACCAUUCGCGAAAUAAAAUCACUAAUCACAGAUGCGAAAAUUGCUUCAUUGAAGUUCUAGCCUUUGGAAAUUGCGCUCGAUGUUCUGUCAGUCAGAGAUAUCGCAUUUUUUAGGCACAUCUAUCUUUUAAAAGACGCGUAAAAGAAUCCCGACCAUAUAUGACCUAUAAACCAGUAGGUCCACAAUGAAUAACAAUAAUCACUGGAAGGCUAUCCUUACAUCAAGAGCAUGUGGACGAAUGGGUUUCGGACAACAGUCCUCCGUAAAACCUAGCCGGAGCGUCAAGGACAUCUGCGAUUUUCUGACCAGCACCUAAAAGUCGAAGCACGUAGGUCUGUCCCCUUUAGCACCAACUGAGGCUUUGGUUUAGUUAGUUACUUAACACUUCUUAGUCCAUUUUUUGGUCGGAUGUGGUUAUUUGACCCCAACUGAAGUAAAGAAACCCUAGUCACCUCUAAUACGGGACUGGUGGUAAUAGGGGUUUUUACAGCUGGAGCCGGGGAACGCACAAGCGGCGAGUUCAAGUAGUUGUAUGCAAAAUAAAAGCUAUUGAAAAUGCGCGGUUGUACUUUGAGUGGUUGAGAAAUAGUUCCUCUAACCCCUAACUACAACCCCUAAUCCUAACCUCUGACCAUAGCUCCCAACCUCUAACCAUAACCCCUAACCCUAACCUUUUACCCCAACCCCAACAUUCUCGUGUCCAUCAGGUGGGACUACCAAACCGCAUCUUACCAGUUUUUUAAGCACGAGUCCUCGAUUAUUCGUCUUGAGUUCUAGACAACAAAAUACUCCAAGGUAGGGCAGCGAAUGAUGCAAAAGAGCCACCGAACCACAACUCCUCCCGUGUUUUCAAAUGUCUACAUAUCCUCAGUCCUCCCUCUUGUCACUCUUGAUCAUGGGAUGUUAUUCAUCGUUUUCUUUCCUGCCUUGACUGUGUAGGUCAGAUAGUGAAGUGAAAAACGUGCGUUUGCCGACUCUUAUUUCGUUGAAUUUUGAAAUCAUUUAUCUGAAAUCCACUAAAGUCUAAGUUAUCCACCUCCGGCACCAUUUACUGCCUAAAGGCAACCAAGCAUUGAGGCAGCGGAGGACCCUACGAUAGCCCAGGAACGCUUUGCCAGGGUACACAAUCCGCCCAAGGUCUACCCUACGGGAUACACGAAACAGGAAAUGGCUGACCCACUGCCCUACUACACGGUUGGCGGGGCAGGCACUGACUACCCGCUGGAAUAUCCGCCUGCCAAGAAAGUGCGCCAGCUUCCCCAGUACCUUACUGCGCCGCACCUGGUCCCCCGCUGGCGUAAGGUGAGCCCUACCCUUCAGUCACCCCUGAUCAACGACCCAGAGACAACUCGUCUCUACAAUGAACUGGGUCUCUUCUCCAGCAGCCGCAUCUUCGGAUUCUCGGGCUUAAAUCCGGCAAUCUACAAACGUGGCGUGACACACAAUGAUUUCUCUAUAUUUCCCCAUCUAAACCCCUUUUCUCAUCCGCAAAAUUAG